AUGGCUAGAGCAAAUUCCACCCUUCCCAUCUCUUUCUUCGAGAUUAUUCUUCAAACCAAUCUUAAAACUAUUAAAAUACUGAAUAAGUUUACAAGGAGUCACGGAGCUGGUCUACCAAAUCCAGUGAUGAUGAAGCCUCCUGAUGGCACUAAAUGGAAAGUGUUUUGGAAAAAUAUCAAUGGUGAGAUUUGGUUUCAAAAGGGUUGGAAUACUUUUACUAAAAACUACUCUCUACAAUAUGGUUGUUUGGUAGUGUUUAAGUAUAAGGAAGGAAGUGUUGAUGAUGAAUCAAUUGAGAUUUUGAAUGAAAGACUUAAUAAGAAGAAGGCUACACAUAAGUUACCAUUAGUUUCUCCUAGACGUCAUAAAAAAGUUAUAGGUGAGAUUAAGGAGACUAGUGGAAGAACUACAUCAUUGAAUUGUCCAAGAGAAAAUAGUGCUCAAGAAUCUUUUGUGCUACUUCAUGUGUCACUGCUUCACGAGCCGCCUCACUUAGGAGCUAAUUGUCUUAAUGUUUCUGCCAUUUCAGGGGUUAGUACUGGUGGACAUGAUGACCCUUCUCCAUCUGCCAUUCUCGGGACAAGUGUGUUGGAAGAGAAUGUUGGUGAUAAGGGGACCAAUUAUAUGGAAGAGAAUAUGGGUGAUGAGGGGACCAAUGAUAUGGAAGAGAAUAUGGGUGAUGAGGGGACUACUGAGAUGGAAGUGAAUUUGGGUGAUGAAGAGACCACAGAGAUGGAAGUGAAUUUGGGUGAUAAGUGGACCAUUGAGGGAAUAAACUGUAACCAAGAAGAUAUUGAGGAGUUCACUAUAGCCAAGGAGAUAUGGAAAUUAAGGGUCCUAAUGAGGGACUAA